AUGGCAGCUGCGCAAAAUGAAACUCUGGCCUCAACCAAGGUUCGGGAGUGUAUACCUCGCCCGUCAACAACCAGCGCGGCGCCAUCUCCUACAUCCACGCCAAAGGCCUUGCCGCAAAACUUUGGCAUGAUUAUCAGCCGAGCUUUUGAGAUGCUCGACGUAUUUGGGCCUCUCGACGCCCUGGGGUUGUUGGCCAAAAGCCACCAAAUGAACCUAUAUCUCAUCUCCGAGACAAUGGAUCCCGUCACGGUCGAGCCCGUGUCCGCUGCCAUGAACGCCAAAAACUCGAGUUUCUUCCCCGUAAUCCUCCCAACACACACAUACGCAACAGCACCCAAAGAGAUUGAAGUCCUCAUGGUCCCCGGCGGCCUCUGGACGCGCUCGCCCAACCUCAACGACACAAUCUCUUACAUCAAGACGACCUACCCGAACCUGCGCUACCUCAUCUCCAUCUGCACCGGCGCCUCGGUCGUGGCCCGCGCCGGCGUCCUCGACGGCCGCCGCGCGACGACCAACAAGGCUUCGUGGGCGAGCACCGUCGUCCACGGGCCGCGGACCGAGUGGGUGGCCAAGGCGCGGUGGGUGGUUGACGGCAACGUGUGGACCUCGUCGGGCGUCUCGGCGGGCAUCGACGCGACGCUGGCGUUCAUUGAAGAGGUGUACGGCGCGGAAGAUGCGACGUCUAUUGCGGAUUUGAUGGAGUAUGAGAGGCAUGUGGAUGCGAGUUGGGACCCUUACGCCGAGAAGUUCAAUGUUACGGGUUCAGCAUGA